AUGCUUUUCCACUGGACUUCGAACCACAGGGAAAGGAUGGCAACAGCCGCUCUGAAGAGAUUCUGGUCUGGUGGGCGCAGUGAAGUGGGAGGAGAGGCGAAUGGUGCCGCGACGGUGGCGGCAAAGCCAGGGGUGUGGACACGACUGGGCAUUUGGACCCGCGCGCUGCUUCGGGAUUACGCCGAGGCGUGCAGAGACGCGGUGGCUGCGUCUCGUGCCCGGCCAGGCCGCACAGCCGCAUACGUAGGGCUGCUAGGCGGCGCCGUGGCGUGCUGCAUCCUGGCGCCCAGCGAGGGUGCCUUCGAGGAGGCCUUGCUCGACGCGUCAGGGUCCCUCUUGCUACUGGCGCCGGCCACGCGCAACCGUCACUCGGAAGCGUUCUUGCAGCGUCUGCUGUGGAUGAGAGGCCGCGGGCGGCUGCGCCACGUGAACCUUGGGCUCUGCUCGCUGAUGUACGAGGCGCCCUUCGAUGCCCAGGCCAGCCUCUACCAGGCCCGCUGCCGCUACCUGCAGCCACGUUGGAUCGACUUCCCCGGUCGGAUCCUCGACGUGGGGUUCGUGGGCCGUUGGUGGAUUCUGGAGAACCGCAUGCGUGAUUGCGACAUCAACGAUGACGAAUUUGUCCACCUGCCUGCGCACCUCCGUGUCUUCGGGCCCCACCAGCUGCAUUCUGAGGCCAACGAGAGGCUGUUCGAGGAGAAGUACAAGCCGGUCGUGCUCACUGAUGACCAGGUGGACCAGGCGCUGUGGGAAGAGCAGGUGUUGCAGAAGGAGAAAAAAGAUAGACUGGCGCUGAGCGAGGCCGGUUCACUGGUGCAGUCCGAGGUUUCCAGAUGAAACCCAAGGAAACCCCAGGUUCAGGCAAACUGUUGGCCACGGACCGUGCAAUGGAUGAAAUGGAUGGAGUUAAACUCCACUCAGUGUGAUUUUAUGGGAAGCUCUUCUCGCUCUGUUUUAUUAGCUGAAGCUAAUUGAAAGCCUUCCUGGUCUUGAACAUGGAGAAGAGCUGAAGUAUUUGACGGUGUUCUAUUUAUGACCACCAGAACUUAGUAGUACGGAACCUGUAUGGUGUAGCUUAUUGUCCCUGGGGAUGUACUUCAGUGGUAGAGCAUUUGCCUCUCGUGCCUGGGUUCCUUGCUAACAUUCCCAGCACUGUAAAACAGAACAAAAAUGAACUUUUUGUUUUUGGGUUAUUGUUUAUUUGAUUGGUUUUUUGAGACUAGGACUCCCAAAGCACCCAGACUGACCCUGAAUCCGGCCUCAGCUCCAGUCCACCACAGUGUAUACAGUCCAGGCAAAAGUCCUAGUCAGUGAUCUGCCGUGUUGCCUAGUCUAGUCUGGAAUUCAUGGCCAAAAGUGGUCACUCCAGCAGCAGGAUAGCACAGUGUUUAAGAGCAGGGAAUCUGACCUUUCUUUUCUGCUAGGCAAGCACAUGGUGCACAGACAUACUUGCUAACAAAACAUUCAUGCACAUAACACUUAAUAAACCAUAAUCAUGUGCCACCGUGCCCAAACUCAGACUUUUCUUUUUCAGUUGAAGCUGAAAUGUGCCUGUUUGGGCUUUUUGUUUGUUGCGGAUUUUGGUUAGAUUUAUUUUGAGACAGGGUCUGGAACUGGCAAUGAAGACCAGUCUGGCCUUUAUCUCGUUAUCUGUCUGCCUCUGACUCCCCCACCCCGCCCCCUGGUUUGAUUUGUUUUUGAGCUGUGGUCUCACAGCCCAGACCAGCCUCUAAUUCAUUCUAUAGCAAAGAUGGAGGGAGAGAUCUUUCUAUUGUAUGGUUUAUUGUGUAGGGUACUAUUGUCACAGGUACAUGCUGGGCAAGCACUGUACCCCCAGUCUUUUUUUUUUUUUAAGAUACUCAUUUUUAUUAUGUAUAGUUUUCUAUCUGCAUGCAUGCCAGAAGAAGGCAUCAGAUCUCAUUACAACCAUGUGGUUGCUGGGAGUUGAAGAUAACCUCUGAGCCAUCUCUCCACCCCCUUUAUUUUUAAUUAAUUUAUUUUUUCCAUUCAAAUUUUUUUUAAAAAAAAUAAUUUAUUUAACUUUGUGUUGAUGGAAAGGUAUCAGAUCCCUUGGAACUGGAGUUACAGACAGUUGUGAGCUGCCAUGUAGGUGCUGGGAAUUGAACUCAGGUCCUCUGGGAGAGCAGCCAGUGCUCUGAACCACUGAGCCAUCUCUCCAGCCCCCCCAUUCAAAUUUUUUUAAGAUUUAUUUAUUUAUUAUGUAUCUAGUGUUCUGCCUGCAGACCAGAAGAGGUCACCUGAUCUCAUGAUAGAUGGUUGUGAGCCACCAUGUGGUUGCUGGGAAUUGAACUUUGAACCUCUGGAAGAAUAGCCAGUGCUUUUAAACUCUGAGCCGUCUCUCCAGCCCAUCUCCUAGUCUUCUUGGGGUUUUUUGUUUUGUUUUGAUAGUUUCUGUUUCAUCCUUGAGGCCCUUUGACCUAGCUUCUCUUAACUGGUAGCAUUAUAUAAUACCAUCAGUGCAGGAGACAUGGGAGUGCACAGAUUUUACUGUUGUGUGUACAGCAGCAGUUGGAACCAUAGAGGAAGGCUGGAAUGUGUUCUGAUCCCAAAGCCUACAUACAGUUGAACGUCAUUACAUGCAGGGACCCUGUGAAAAAGAACAAGGUGGGGCACAUAGGUUGGGUCUGGCAAGGUUCAAGCUAAUUUAUUAGGGAAGCAAGACUACCAAUGUCAGGUGGCCUGUGGCUAGUCAAUAAAGGCGGAGGAUCAAGCAGUCAUCUUUGUCAUGGUGUUUUUGUUGUCCCAGCAGUGAUAACCUGUUGUACACUGACCUACCCCCAAUCCUGGUGGUGUGUGUUUUGCCUGAUCUUUCCUUAUCAUAUGUACUGAAAGGGUGGUAGUUCUUUUUGUUUAGUUGAGUUUUGUUUGAUUUUUUUGAGACAGGAUUUCUCUGGAGAGCUGGCUGUCCUGGAACUCAAAAGAUCCCCAUUUUUGCUUCCUGAGUGCUGGAAUGAAAGGUGUGUGCUAUCAGCCA